CCUCUUUCGCAGAUCUGUCCGUGUACAGAUGGGUGUAAUCAACAUGAUGUAAAGGGAAGCCCCAUUCACUGCAGAUCAGCAAAUGAACAUGAAGAAAGGGAACCAAGCUACAGUUUGGAUCAGUUCACAUUUCUUAUCUUGUAUGUGAAAGUGAAACUAUUUUACAUCCACUGUCUUCUCUGAGUUGAAAUGGCGCAGCAACAAAACCUGAUGGAUCGGAAAAAACUUUGCUGUUCGAUCUGUUUGGAUCUACUGAAGGAUCCAGUGACUAUUCCCUGUGGACACAACUACUGCAAGAACUGUAUUAACAGCCACUGGGACGAAGAGGAUCAGAAAGAAAUCCACAGCUGUCCUCAGUGCAGACAGACCUUCAGACCGAGACCUGUCCUGGUGAAAAACACCAUGUUAGCAGAUUUAGUGGAGGAACUGAAGAAGACUGGACUCCAAGCUGCUCCAGCUGAUCACUGCUAUGCCGGACCUGAAGAUGUGGCCUGUGAUUUCUGCACUGGGAGAAAACUGAAAGCUCUCAGGUCCUGUCUGCAGUGUCUGGUGUCUUACUGUGAGCAGCACCUCCAGCCUCACUAUGAAUCUCCUGCCUUUGAAAAACACAAGCUGGUCAACCCCUCCAAGAAGCUCCAGGAGAACAUCUGUACUCGUCAUGGUAUAGCGAUGAAGAUUUUCUGCCGCUCUGAUCAGCAGUGUAUCUGUUAUCUCUGCUCCAUGGAUGAACAUAAAGACCACAACACAGUCUUGGCCUCAGCAGAGCGGUGUGAGAGGCAGGGGGAGCUUGUAACGAGCCGACAGAAGAUCCAGCAGAGAAUCCAGGACAGGGAGAAAGAUGUGAAGGUGCUUCAGCAGGAGGUGGAGGCUACCAAUCGCUCUGCUGAUAAAGCUGUGAAGAACACAGAGAAGAUCUUCACUCAGCUGGUCCGUCUUCUGAAGAAUAGAAGUUCUGAUGUGAAGCAGCAGAUCAGAUCCCGGCAGAAAACAGAAGUCAGUCGGGCCAAAGAGCUUCAGGAGAAGCUGCAGAAGGAGCUUGUUGAGCUGAAGAGGAGAGACACUGAGCUGGAGCGGCUCUUACACACAGAGGACCACAUUCAGUUUCUACAUAAUUACCCCUCAUUGUCAUGUCUCAGUAAAUCUACAAAUGCAGCCAGCAUCAAUAUCUGUCCUCUGCGAUACUUUGAGGAUGUGAUGGCAGCUGUGUCAGAGGUCAAAGAUAAACUACAGGACAUUCUUAGUGAUGUAUGGACCAAGAUCUCACUGACAGAGACUGAAGUGGAUGUUUUACUGCCGCCAGCAGAGCCCAAGGCCAGAGCUGAAUUCUUAAGAUAUUCACAACAAAUCACACUGGAUCCAAACACGGCAAAUACACGGCUGCUAUUAUCUGAGGGGAACAGAAAAGCAACAGUGAUGAGUGACAAACAGAUGUAUUCUUGUCACCAAGACAGAUUCACUGACAUGUUUCAGGUCCUGAGCAGAGAGAGCCUGAGUGGACGUCAUUACUGGGAGGUGGAGAGAAGCAGAUACGAAGUUUCAGUAGCAGUCACAUACAAGGACAUCAGCAGAACAGGAUAUGAAAGUGGAUUUGGAAAUGAUGAUAAGUCGUGGGCUUUAGAGUGCUUCAACAACAGCUAUGAAUUCAGACAUAACAGUAUUAUUACUUUUAUCUCAGGCCCUCAGUCCUCCAGAGUAGGAGUGUACCUGGAUCACAGAGCAGGUGUUCUGUCCUUCUACAGCGUCUCUGAAACCAUGACUCUCCUCCACAGAGUCCAGACCACAUUCACUCAGCCUCUCCAUCAGGGACUUGGCGUUUUUGGUUUCAAUGGGGAUGGAUCUGCUGCUGAGCUCUGCAAGUUUGAGUAGACAGAAGUUUAAAGGCAGUGAGGGGCGUAGGUCAGAGAUUCAACUUGCUUCAUGAUUCACUAAUUGUUGAUUUGAUUUAAUUACAGUUAUUGCUUUUUCUUUUACUUUGAUUUAUGUCAUUUAUCAUUAAAUUCAGGAAAUAUGAGCCACAACUGCAUAACUAUUACCUAAACAUAAAGCCAUGCAAAUGCAUCUGUCAGCAGACAUUACUGUGGUUUUGGCUCAUGAAGUACUUCAGGGAGGUUUUGCAUUGUUUGGAUACUGCAGCUGUUCCUCUUUCUCUGGAAAGAAUAUUAUGAAUUUUUUUUUAAUAAUCGUUAAAAAAAAAAACUUAUACUGGAUUGAUGAAUGUUCAGAGUUGCUUCUGUCACACUAAUAAACUCUUUCCUACUACAAAGUAUUGGUUUCAGGUAUAAACUUGGAACUUGAAGGGCACUUUCAGCAUAGCAAAGCCAUAGUGCAAUUAUUGCACAGAUCAAAUGAACAUUUGCACUUUCAUUGUGGAUUAAAGUAAGAUUUAAUGUGAUUUUUUAAAUAUAAAUCUGAUUGGAUUGUGUACAGUUAUCACAAUUAAUAAAUAAACUUAA